AUGAAUGCUAUUAGAAUUGUAAGAAAAGGCAUGCUCUCCUUCACUGUAGGCAACCUUGUAGUCACUCGCAUCGAUGUCAAUAUCAUCUUCAAAGUGGAACAUAAACACUCUCACUCCAUCGGGCGUCGACUCUUAAUUGACCCUGCUGGAAAUCCCAUUCUCACUCUACCUCGAUGUAACUUAAUGAGUUUCGACGAUAGAUGGCAAGUGUUUAGGGGCGAUAGCAAAGAAUCAAGGGAUUUGAUUUUUAGUGCUAAGCGCUCUUCAGGGUUCCAAUUGAAGACCACAUUGCAUGUUUUCUUAGCAAAUAACACCACUGAGAAUGCACGUGACUUCAAAAUCAAAGGAAGUUGGCUCCAACGAUCUUGCGUCAUAUAUGCUGGGAAGUCUUCUACCAUCAUUGCCCAAAUGCAUAAGAAGCAGACUGCUAACUUGUUUGCCAAUGAUACUUUCAUAGUGACAAUUUCUCCUGGUAUUGAUUAUGCAUUCAUAGUUGCGCUUAUUGUGAUUCUUGAUGCAAUUAACCUUGAUAAUGGCGAUUAAUAUCAAGGAUUGAGUUGAUCAAGUCCAAUCAAUUCGAUCUAUUAUGUUUGUGCAUGCCCCUUGCCUUUGUGGUUAAUCUUGCCCCGGGCCCUUCUUUUCUUUUUUCGC